AUGGCUCAUGAAUCGAACGCAACCCUCGUUACUAUAGACUCAUCCACCCCAACCACAUCGAGACGCCUCAAGCGCGAACUCGGCUGGACUUCAGACUUUAGCUUUGCAAAGCGUCGAGCAGUCGCAUCCGCAUCUCCGCCUACGCCAUCUCCUAGAACUACGACUGACGGCCUCGAAUUCAACUCGCUUCCUCACCCACGAGCACAGCCGGUGCUGCACUAUUCGUCAGAAUACCUCCAGACUAUAGACGAGGACGGCCUCUACGAAGCAAAGGAGGACAGCGCAGAUUUCACCCAAGCCGGGUAUUCGUAUACUCCCCACCACCCAACGAAGAUGAUGUCUCCGUUGCACCACCAACCGAGGCCAAGUCCGAAGCCGAAGAAACAUCCCAAACCUGAGGCCCUCGACCUUAACCACCGUGCCCCAGACCGGCUCUGGUCCCUGCACUCGGGCGAUCUAAAGCAGUCGCCCGGCAGUCCCGGAACGAUCCAUCUAGAACUCGCCCAGCUCCGCGAGCACCUCCGGUCUCUGGGCUCCGUCUACCUCGGCAACCUCGAGGCGGCGGACGUAUACGUGCAAGCCGUCGCCCUCCGACGAAAUUGGACCCCGGCAUCGCCGAUUAAGGAGGAAAGACAAGAAGUGGGCGAUCACCCUCCCGCCGCCGACCGUCCCGAGUUCGGAGAGGACAUCGUCGUGAGAGCGAGAGUCCGACCCCGCGACGACCACCGCAAGCCGUUCGUGAUCCAGCGCAAAUUCAACCUCGCCGAGAUGCGCGCCACCAUCCCGGACCCCACGCCGGAAGGCCACACCCUCCAGCGACGAUCUUCAAUCGCCGACCUUGCGAAUAGGCCUUACAGCCCGACGACUCCGGUCGGCACGAAGCCGCUCAUCGGUCGCGAGAGGCGGCGAUCGACGAGUGUCAGAUUUGGACCGCUCUCUCCGGCUUCGCCAAGGACGAAGCGGGGACCGAUCGGGGCCGGGGCCGAACUCAAACUCCCUCCCCGCAACUCUAAUAACCUAAUGCCGAUUCACUUGGAGUAUGCCAGAUCCUAUUUACCGGUGCUAGCCGCCCUCCUCCUCUCGGGCUACAUCCGCGAGGGCGACAUCGUCGACCUGCCGGUGCCGCACCCCGCCGCGUGGCCUCAGACAGUAGCUCACGUCUACACUGGAAAAGGCGAGUUGACCGAGGCAGUCAAGGAGAAUAUUCGGUAUCUUGGAGGCAGGAUCUAG